AUGGACGAUAUCAAGGACGGCGAACAAGCCAAAGCAGGCAGAUGCAUCCCGGCCGCAGCAGACGGGGACCUUCGAGGACCUAAGCGCGCAGAGCUCGAGCGCGGGCGGAGGAACGUUGGCACCCUGCACCGCCAACUCAAGGCGAGACACAUCCAGUUCCUCGCCCUGUCCGGUGCGAUUGGGACCGGUCUCUUUGUGGGCAGCGGCCAGGUGCUCUCGCUCGCUGGCCCCCUCUCUGCGUUUCUCGCCUACCUCAUCACGGGCGCCAACCUGUACGCCGUCAUCAACAGCCUGGGCGAGAUGGCCACCUGGCUGCCGCUCCCGGGUGCGGUUCCGGUCUAUGCAGCUCGAUAUGUAGACCCUGCGUUGGGCUUCACCUUGGGCUGGAACUACUGGUACCAGCUAGCCAUCGGGGUGCCCAUCGAGAUCAGCGCCAGCGUCCUCGUCAUCGACUACUGGCCAAACCCCGUCCCCGGGUGGGCGUGGAUCACCCUCUUCCUGCUGCUGCUCGUCCUGCUCAACGCCAUGCCGGUCAGGUACUAUGGCGAGACAGAGUUCGUCUUUGGCGCCGUCAAGCUCACCACCAUCGUCGGCCUGAUUAUCCUCAUGUUUGUCAUCAUGCUGGGGGGCUCGCCUACCCAUGACCGCAUAGGCUUUCGAUACUGGCAGAGCCCAGGCCCGAUGGCAGAGUAUCUCAGACCCGGCGCCCUGGGCAGGUUCCUCGCCUUCUGGAAGGUCUUCAUCCAGGCUACCUUCAGCUACGGAGGCAGCGAGAUGGUCGUCAUCGCUGCGGGGGAGACGCAGAACCCACGCAGGAAUAUCCCCAAGGCCGUCCGCCGGGUAUUUUGGCGCAUCCUGCUCUUCUACGUCCUCGCCAUCUUCCUCGUGGGCAUGUGCGUCUCGUCCGAGGACGAACGUCUGCUCAAUGCUCUCCGGGCCGGUGCCCCCGGGGUGGGCGCCAGCCCCUUCGUCAUCGCCAUCGCAAACGGCGGCAUCCCCGUCCUGCCACAUAUAAUCAACGCCGUCGUUCUCUCCUCUGCAUUUUCAGCCGGCAACACCUUCUUCUACGCUGCCACCCGUGUGCUCUACGCCACCGCCCUGGACGGCAAGGCGCCCGCCUUCCUCCGCUACGAGAGGUUCGGUGUCCCCUACGCCUGCGUCGGCGUCACCACCGCCCUCAGCCUGCUCGUCUACCUGAACGUCACCUCCAGCGCCAGCGAGGUCUUCUUCUGGAUCAGCAACCUCAGCUCCGUCAGCACGCUGCUCAUCUGGGCCUCCAUCUCAGUCACUUACAUCCGCUUCUACCACGGCAUGGCCAGCCAGGGCAUCCCUCGCUCUGCCCUGCCAUAUCGGGCUCCUUUCCAGCCCUACCUUGCCUGGUUUGCAGUCGUGUUCUGCACUGUCGUAGCCUUCUUCAAUGGUUUCGAUGCAUUUUUCCCCGGUAAAUUCAGUGCAAAGACAUUCAUACCCCCUUACAUAGACAUUCCCAUCUUUGCAGGCUUGUUUCUGAGCUACAAGUUCAUUUACCGCACCAGAUUCGUCCAGCUGCACGAGAUGGACUUCUUCUCCGGCAAGGAAGACAUUGACAGCCUCGAGACGACAUGGGUAGAGCCGGUCGCGAAGAACUUCCUACAACGGGUCUGGUUCUGGAUUGCUUGA